ACAGCCCUUUGUCUGAAAGGACAUAUGGUUGGAGUAGAAAGUCUCUAUGAUCCCUUUUGCUAUUCUGUUACUCUGCUAUUUCAGAUUCCUCCGAGAUUAUGAUGAGAUGUUCCCUCUGGCAGAUGAUGUCAGCCUCCUCCAACAAGCCUCUUCAGCCCUAGAUGAAACGCGAACCUCUUACAUUUUGCAAGCCGUGGAAAGUGCCUGGGAUAAAACUGGUAGGAGGAGAAAAACGGCCCAAGACCCACCCAUCUCUGAAUCCACAUCCGGGACCGUUACACUCCCCGGGGCCUCAGAGCGAACGGAACAAUUUGAGGAACUGGAUAACUUGGAGGUAAGUUGUUUGGAGCAGAGCAUCAGCCUACAAGAAAGAUGGAUGCUUGGAUAUGCAGAUCCACCUCCUUACGGCACUCCAUCUCACAGGCUCCCAUUCAGGGACCUGUUUUGCAUCCCUAAAACGGCAGUGUGUUUCCUGAAAGAUUCGUGUCUUGUAUUUCUGGAAAAGAAAGGCUUUUGUUGCUGUUUUUCCUCCUCCUUCUUUUUUUUUAAAAAGUCUCUUUCUGCCAGGCCUGUGAAACCAGACCCGACUCCGCUUGUCACUUCCCGAUGUAACGUGUUCCAGGAUGACGAGUUUGAUGUUUUCAGCAAGGACGCAGUGGAUGUCUCUCGGAUCCAGAAAGGCAAAAGGUAUAGGAACCCAGAUCCAAAGAUGCAGCCAAGUGAAAUACACCCCACGACCGAUUUUCAGUUAUCAAGGCCUCAAGAUUUCCGCCCUAUCCUCACCUUCAGGAUGGCGCCUCUGUCCCAAACCGUGAAACGCUCCCGAUCUUUUCCUUGGACGUUGGAGGGAGAGGAGCCUCAAAGCUUCUCAAUGUUCUUUCUUUUCCUUUGCGAACAGGAUCACUUCGUUCAAGACCCAGCAGUGCUGCGGGAGCGAGCUGAGGCCAGGCGGGCGACCUUCCUGGCGAGAAAAGGGCAAAAGCCAGAUACCUCAGCAGCCGUGACGGGCGCUGCCAAGGGCCGCGGCCAAAGCCGAGAGACCGUGCAGGAGAGACGGAAGAAAGAAGCCAGCAAAGGGGCGAGGGCGAACCACAACAGACGCGCAAUGGCCGACCGGAAGCGCAACAAGGGCAUGAUCCCGUCUUGAAACAGUGGUGUGCCAGGGAGGCCUGUGUCCCCCUCCUCCCAGGAGAGAGAGAGACAGAGAGAGAAAGCACCUUGCCUUUUGUAAAGAUGAGUUUCCUAGGAAAGCACAAAUCUACACACAAGAACAAAGGAUUACAGACCUGCAAUAGGGCUGGGUUGUGGAAAUUGUGUGGUGUUGAAAAAUGCUUUUCUUUUAAACCGCUCCUCUGGAAACCUUUGCUGUUUUGAGUUGUCCUUAUACGUUCAACUGUCAGACCCACCUCAGUCUGGUCUCCCAGGAAAGUGAAACUCUCGACUCCCAUUUGAUAGAAGUGGAAAGGCUCUUUUACGAAGAGAUGCUGAUGGCAGAAGACUCAGGCGGAACCUAAAGUUCCCGUGAGCCAAUAUAGAACCCCCUGGCUCCCCCUA